AUGGGUCUGUUUGCAAAGAAGCAGAAGGAUAGUACGCCACCUAUUGAGAAGAAAGAUCUUAUCUACUGUGACAAGAUUUUCACCGAACCUCCAAAGAACUAUGGUAAGCCUAAACCGCUCAGCAAGAUUACUGAAGAACAAUUCGAGAAGUAUACUGCUGUUUUGACGCAUUUCCAAGAUAAGUCAUUACAGUUGCCGGUGAAUACUUCGACUCAUGAUGAGAAAAGACCUUUGAAUGCUGAAGAAAAGCGCUGGCUAACAAGAGAAUGUCUUUUGCGGUACUUAAGAGCUACUAAGUGGGAUGUAAAUAAAGCUAUCGAGGGCCUGACAGCGACUUUAACGUGGAGGAGAGAGGUGGGACUUUCUAGUGGAGGUGUGAAUGCCAAGCCUUUAACGCAGGAUGUGACCUCUGUGGAAAAUGAGACUGGGAAGCAGAUCGUUUUGGGGUUUGAUAUUAAUCGAAGGCCCUUAUUCUACUUGAAAAAUGGCCGUCAAAAUACAGAACCAUCUUUUAGACAGGUUCAACAUCUUAUAUUCAUGAUGGAGUCUGCUGUGACUAUAGCGCCUCAAGGUGUGGAGACUAUCACAGUGCUCAUCGAUUUUAAAAAUUACAAGGAACCAGGAAUCAUUUCAGAUAAAAUGCCUCCACUAUCUAUUUCCAAACUUUGCCUGAACGUUAUGCAAAACCACUAUCCCGAGAGAUUAGGUAAGUGUGUUCUGGUCAACAUACCUUGGUUUGCUUGGGCUUUCCUCAAGAUGAUGCAUCCAUUUUUAGAUCCGCGCACCAGGGAGAAGGCUAUAUUUGACGAGCCAUUCGAAAACCAUAUAGAGCCGUCGCAAUUAGAAGCAAUUUACAACGGUAAGCUUGAUUUCAAGUAUAAGCAUGAUGUUUACUGGCCCGAUUUCUGCAAUAAGGUCGAUGAGAUAAAGACUACAGAAUUUAACAGAUUCCUCAAGUUUGGUGGUGUCGUAGGCUUAAGUGAGUUCGAUCUGAAAGGAAAGCAUGAUGAUAUCACAUAUCCUGUAGACUUCAAAAACGUCUAG